CCGCGACUCGGUGGAAGCGUGGCUGGACGAUCACUGGGACUUCACCUUCUCUUACUUCGUUAGAAAAGCCACCAGAGAAAUGGUCAAUGCAUGGUUUGCUGAGAGAGUUCACAACAUCCCUGUGUGCAAGGAAGGCAUCAGAGGCCACACGGAGUCUUGCUCUUGUCCCUUGCAGCAGAGUCCUCGUGCAGAUAACAGCGCCCCUGGAACACCAGCCAGGAAAAUCUCCGCCUCGGAAUUUGACCGGCCUCUUAGACCCAUUGUUGUCACGGAUUCCGAGGGAACUGUGAGCUUCCUCUCUGACUCAGAAAAGAAGGAACAGAUGCCUCUAACCUCCCCACGGUUUGAUAAUGAUGAAGGGGACCAGUGCUCAAGACUCUUGGAAUUAGUGAAAGAUAUUUCUAGUCAUUUGGAUGUCACAGCCUUAUGUCACAAAAUUUUCUUGCACAUCCAUGGACUCAUCUCCGCUGACCGCUAUUCCCUGUUCCUUGUCUGUGAGGACAGCUCCAACGACAAGUUUCUUAUCAGCCGCCUCUUUGAUGUUGCUGAAGGUUCAACACUGGAAGAAGCUUCAAAUAACUGUAUCCGCCUAGAAUGGAACAAAGGCAUUGUGGGCCAUGUGGCAGCGCUUGGUGAGCCCUUGAACAUCAAAGACGCAUAUGAGGAUCCUCGGUUCAAUGCAGAAGUUGAUCAAAUUACGGGCUACAAGACACAAAGUAUUCUUUGUAUGCCAAUUAAGAACCACAGGGAAGAGGUGGUUGGCGUAGCCCAGGCCAUCAACAAGAAAUCGGGCAAUGGUGGGACAUUCACCGAAAAAGAUGAGAAGUCAGCAGAAGCGCCCGAAUUCCCUCCUCGCUAUGCUGCCAAGCUCCGCUGGGCUGUGCGCACUGGGGCCACACAGAGCGUGACCUAUGGUGUUUUAACUGUCUCAUUUACCUUUCAUCACUGCUAUAGAGAUCCAACCUUGAGUAAAACCCAUAAAAGUCCUGCUCCAAGUUCAGCACUUCUGGUGCUGCUUGACCUUGCUAGCUUAAUUUUUGAAGAACAACAAUCAUUAGAAGUGAUUCUGAAGAAAAUAGCUGCCACUAUUAUCUCUUUCAUGCAGGUGCAGAAAUGCACCAUUUUCAUAGUGGAUGAAGAUUGCUCCGAUUCUUUUUCCAGUGUGUUUCACAUGGAGUGUGAAGAAUUAGAAAAAUCAUCUGAUACUUUAACAAGGGAACGUGAUGCAAACAAAAUCAAUUACAUGUAUGCUCAGUAUGUCAAAAAUACUAUGGAACCACUUAAUAUCCCAGACAUCAGUAAGGACAAAAGGUUUCCCUGGACGAAUGAAAACACAGGAAAUGUAAACCAGCAGUGCAUUAGAAGUUUGCUCUGUACACCUAUAAAAAAUGGAAAGAAGAAUAAAGUCAUAGGGGUUUGCCAACUUGUUAAUAAGAUGGAGGAGAAUACUGGCAAGGUUAAGCCUUUCAACCGAAAUGAUGAGCAGUUUCUGGAAGCUUUUGUCAUCUUUUGUGGCUUGGGGAUCCAGAACACACAGAUGUACGAAGCCGUAGAGAGAGCCAUGGCCAAGCAGAUGGUCACGUUAGAGGUUCUGUCGUACCAUGCUUCGGCAGCAGAGGAGGAAACAAGAGAGCUUCAGUCUCUAGCGGCUGCUGUGGUACCAUCCGCCCAGACCCUUAAAAUUACUGACUUUAGCUUCAGUGACUUUGAACUGUCUGAUCUGGAAACAGCACUGUGUACAAUUCGGAUGUUUACUGACCUCAACCUCGUGCAGAACUUCCAGAUGAAGCAUGAGGUUCUUUGCAGAUGGAUUUUAAGUGUCAAGAAGAAUUAUCGGAAGAAUGUUGCCUAUCAUAAUUGGAGACAUGCCUUUAAUACAGCUCAGUGCAUGUUUGCUGCUCUCAAAGCAGGCAAAAUUCAGAACAAGCUGACCGACCUGGAGAUACUUGCAUUGCUGAUCGCUGCAUUAAGCCACGAUUUGGAUCACCGUGGUGUGAAUAAUUCUUACAUACAGCGAAGCGAACACCCACUCGCUCAGCUCUACUGCCACUCCAUCAUGGAGCACCAUCAUUUCGACCAGUGCCUGAUGAUUCUUAAUAGUCCUGGCAAUCAGAUUCUCAGUGGCCUCUCCAUUGAAGAAUACAAGACCACGCUGAAGAUAAUCAAGCAAGCCAUUCUAGCUACAGACCUAGCGCUGUACAUCAAGAGGCGAGGAGAAUUUUUUGAACUUAUAAGAAAAAAUCAAUUCAAUUUGGAAGAUCCUCACCAGAAGGAGUUAUUUUUAGCAAUGCUGAUGACAGCUUGUGAUCUUUCUGCAAUUACAAAACCAUGGCCUAUUCAACAGCGGAUAGCAGAACUUGUAGCAAGUGAAUUUUUUGAUCAAGGAGACAGAGAGAGAAAAGAACUCAACAUAGAGCCCACUGAUUUAAUGAACAGGGAGAAGAAAAACAAAAUCCCAAGUAUGCAAGUUGGGUUCAUAGAUGCCAUCUGCUUGCAACUGUAUGAGGCCCUGACCCAUGUAUCCGAGGGCUGUUUCCCUUUGCUGGAUGGCUGCAGAAAGAACAGGCAAAAAUGGCAGGCCCUUGCAGAACAGCAGGAGGAGGUGCUGCUGAACGGGGAAAGCGGCCAGGCGCAGAGGAACUGAGUCGGUGCUUCACGCAGUUGAAGUUUACAGAGAGGACGUAUUCUGCAGGAUGCCUGGUUUUGUUGCACACUGUACAGAUUUGGUGUAUACUUUGCCACUGCUGUAUUUUUAUUUUUGCACAACUUGAGGGGACUAUACCAUAUUUUCUGCGUAUUUGUUU